AUGGCGCAUGCCAUGACCGACCCGGUCCCGCCGUGCGUCGUCGUGCUGCUGCCAGACGGCUCGGCGCGCCUCUACGACGACGCGCGUCUCACUGCGUCGGCUGUGCUCGCCGACUUCCCCCACCACCUGCUCCUCUCCACCCUCUCCACCGCCACGCCUCGCACCCCCUUGCCACCCGCCGCGCUGCUCAAACCCGGCCGAACGUACUACCUCCUCGCCGAGACGCACCAUCCGCGAGCGUCGACGAAAGUGGCGGUGGAUAUUUCAUCGCUAACAUCGCCAUCGUCGUCGCAAAUCUCGCCGAACGUGUUUCGCAAGUCGCAAGCCCUGCACGCCACCGGGCCGGUGCUUGCGUCCCCGCAUUCGACGCUAUCGCCGUACUCUCCUCCUAUGUCCGACGGCGCAAUUCCUCUGGAGUGCCAUCACGGUCAAACGCGCAGCUCUCCUCCGAAGGCGUGGAAUGAGGGAGUCGCGGAGGGGUGCAUCAGAAGAACCACGAGCACGUGCGAGCUUCGUGGUAGCAGGAUUUCGCAAUCGGGUUACAAUGACUCGAUCGCAGGCGUUCUCUCAUCGCGGCGACACGAUGGACACACCGCCAACCGCAUCCUCCAAGAGCUCGAAGCUCUUGAGGACAUGACGACCAAUGGUUCCACGUACGAUACUCGCGACCACCAGUUUCCUUUCGAAGUGCCUUCACCAAUCUCGGCAGAGCAAAAUACGACUCGGCGAACACCGUCCAAUCCAUUUAAGCCGUCCCUUAUUGACAGACUGCCUCAGCUAAAACCGUGGGGUUUUAGGAGCAAAGGCGCACCGAGUCGGAAGAUGAACAAGAGUCAGACCCAAAAGAACAUGUCUGUCCGCAUGGCCGAAUUUCCAGAUCUCGGCAGAAGCAUUAUCAGCGGAGGGCAUCACAUGGCGACGCCAAGCCAUUGUGAAGAGGAGGGAACAUUCUGGAAGAAUCUGGACGACAGGACCAUGAUGUUCACGGACACGCAAAUUCUGGUUAGCCGGAGGGAUAUUGAAGCAGAUGUCAGCGCGGCUACACCUACUCGCGCUGCCGUGAUCGGCGCUGGGGUGAAAGUAUUCUCGAGAAGGCUUCUGAAGCAAGUGGAAGAACCUCACGCUUCAGAUUAUGAGCACUACUAUUCUCAGGCCUUCUAUUCCAGAUGCAACAAUGAGCCGAUAUUGGGUUGA